AUGGCUUCCGGGAGCUCAACUCCAAACAUAAUGUCCAUGGAGUAUAUGUUAUGCAACAACUUACCUAGUCCAGAACAGCAAAUCACGACAGAACUUCUCUCAGCUCCAUCAUCUUCUGUGAUCCCCCAGGCAUCAGAGUCUGCCACUUUCCGCACAGAGAGGGAAUGUCCUCAUAACUACUGGGCGAAUAACUACAGAAUAGUGUUUACAGAGGAACAGGCCGCCCAGAUUAAAGCCAAUCGAGAGAUUCUUGUCACGGCCACGACCUCGAUUAAAGAACCGGUGAUUCUGUCUACCAAUGCUGGGACUGUACAUCCAUUAGUCUUUCUAUCGUCUGAUCAUCCGGAGGGUAUCCGCACAGUGCCAAUGCCUGCUCCCAAGCCAGAGUUGCAUGGGCUCGACCAUGACAAGCCGAUGAGGUCUGUUCAAGAUACAAUGGCUAAAACAACUGGUUCAGCCAAAGUACCGUCUCAACGCGGAUCUGAGCUACGAAAAUCGAGCCAUACAGACACAAGUCCAGGAAUACUUGAGCAACUGCCAGACAAGUUGUUAAGCCCCACGAGUGAGGGCAAAAAGGCCACACAAGGAAACAAAUCGGUGUCCAUGACACAGCGACAUCCAGACUCUGCAGUUGACCCCGAGUCUACAAUAGAAGUUGAAAGGCCAAUUCCAAGCAAAAACGACAAUCGCGGACCGUACUCAACGUCGCCAAGUCAACCUUCCAUGACAGAAAGCCCGACGUCUGGGGUAGCGACCGAUAGGUCUUUGGGAGGCAAAGGAGAUGAAAGGAAGGCGAGCAAGCAAGCCGGACCUGCGGACAGUCAGCCAAUGUCGGAGAAAAGAAGAACGAGGUCGGACCCCAUUCCAGCACCAAUACAUCCAAAUCCGGAGGAUAAUAAGCUUUUUGCCAAAAUUUCUAAGCAGGACGCGGAACUGAGAAAUGCAGAGAAACUGAAGAGACGCAAGGGAUGA